CUUUCUUACGCGGUAAAAUCUCAUUUCCGGUAACAACACCAGGGAGAUUGCACGAACAGCCUGUGAUUUGUAAACUGAAGAGCAUUAAUAAUGGGACGAAGGAAGAAGGCAAACAAGCCUCCUCCAAAGAGGAAGGCUAUAGAGCCACUAGCCACCCUGUUCAACUGUCCAUUCUGUAACCACGAAAAGUCAUGUGAGGUCAAACUGGAUCGAGAGAGAAACACUGGUUUUGUCACAUGUAAUGUAUGCCUAGAGGACUUCCAGACAAAUAUCAACUAUCUUUCAGAAGCCAUAGAUGUUUACAGCGAUUGGAUAGAUGCUUGUGAAUCUGCCAAUCAAUAGCACUGGCUUACAUGCACAUGGUGGAUGACCAAUCAGUGAGCAGGUUGCAUACAUGUACAGCUUCAGGAAGAAGAAUUUAUAUAUGUAUGACAAUCAUGGGUUCAACAUUCUGGUAGUUAUGAAAAUAAAGCAAUGUCUAAUUAGGUUUUAAUUGUGAUAAGAUUCAUCCUGGUGAUAUUAAUGAUGAAAGUGGUACAUUAAUCAUAACAAAUCAGUUGCCUGAAAACCAUUUGUGUUCUAAUGGAUCUAUAGAAGAAUACAUUUGGUGACUUCAACUUGUCAGCUUUUUAACCAGUUGUAGAUCAGAAGUCAAAUACUCAUCUACAAUCCACUUUGGAGUAUUAACAUAUGUACAUAUACAGUACAUAUACCAGAUAUAGUUCUAUUGUAAUUUCAAUUGACAUUAUGAAAUAAUCAAGUACUACAGAUUCACAGAUUUAGAGGAAAAGCAGAAGUAUUGCCUCCCUGGUGUAGAUACAUUCAUUCGUAUAUAGUUAAUAUAAGGGAAGCAGUGAUCAUGCUACACUCCCAUAUUUGGAAUUGCACAUGCUGGGAUUACAAAAUGUGAAGUACUUUAUGUUUCAAUUUUGAAUAAGGAUACUAUGGGUAAUAAAGGUAAAAUUACUUGUUCAAACAACUGAAAAAGCAAUAUAUAUUUCAUUUUGUGAAUGUAUAUGUAGUUACAGGUAUGCUUAGAGAUUCAAAUUAGAGAUGGUGUACUUUUGAUAUAUUUUACCGGUAAACAGAAAUGUUGCAGGGUACCUUCCAAAUAAUUCAGGUGAUGCUAGUUUGAUGCUGAUCUUGUUGAGAUUCUGUAGGACGUACUAGCGAAGUGCUAAACAGAUAUAAAUUAAUUUGUAUUAUUACGAGUCUAGUGGUUAACUUGUCAUGUGAAAGUGUUUGAUUAAAACUUCAUCAUGAUCAGUUGUCGUUUCAACUGAUACGCUUCAUAGAAUGUGGGUUAAACCGACUUACGGCUCACAUAAUAUAUAUAUAACUGUAGGCUCCUAUAAAUCACAGGACCCUUUUUGAGCAUGUCUCCUGUGAUUACUUCUCUUGCACAGUGCGUGCAUCUAAGCAAGAGUACAUCUAGAGGGGGGUCUAGGGUCAUGAUCCCCCUAAAAACUUUUAAGUUUAUAAAAUCUGUAGAGGAAUCUGUUUUAGAGUAAUGUAUGGCUUUAAAUGUAUAACAGCUUCUUAGAAAAUAUUUUGUUAAAUAUUUGUCUUUGGGCAACAUUCUAUUUUUUAUGAAUAAGUCAGAAAUUGAUGCUGAAACAUCUGGCAUAUAAUAGCCAUCAAAUUUGGGGCCUUUGGGCCACCAGGGACGAAUUUUAGGGGCCUCAGGCCCAUAGACUUAAAAGUGAGUGUUGAAGCCUAAAUUUGUAACAACAUUUUCAAGCAUUGUGAUGUUAAACACAUGUUACAGGUCAAUAAAUGUAUAUGGAAGCUGAAGAUGCUGCAUCAGGACGAUGCUUUAGUAAGGCCAAGUUGUCUUCAUGUCAGUGCUUAUAAAAUUUGAAAAAAUGUUUUUGAUGUUUGUAUAUUAGAUAUAUGUGUAUGUAUGUUGAUUAUUCUCGAUAAUCUUUCCCCGAUAUAGUACAAGUGUUGGAUGAUGAAACUUCCCCAAAAAAAAUAUUCAGAGUCUGUUCAUGUUCAAAUUUUUCAUUUUAGGAGUAAAAUGUAUGAAUUGUUUAUUAAUUUGCUUAAUUUAGUGUCAUUGUUUUUGAAAUUCUGUGUGAGAGAAAACGCAAUGAGAAAGAAUUUCAAUGAUUUUGUACUUAUUUGUUGCUGAAUAGCUAUUAAUUACAUUGUAAAUAUCAUUACAGCUCAAUUACAAUGUAUGAUCGUGUUUAUUGUGCGAGUGAUCAUUGGGCGGUGAGUGUGUGAUUAAUCAUGAUAUGAUAUGCUCCUUACCUAUCCGCAAGAUUUGCAGGAAGCAAUUUCUCUGCUUUGGUGUUCAUUGCUUUAAAGGUGUGUUCUGUGUGUAAGUAACAAAAAAAUGUUUUUAUAACACAUCGGUACAAAGAAGUAUUCUGGUAUUAAAGACUACCAUGAUAGUACACUGAUAUGCUCCGAUACCAAUUUAUCAAGAACAGUCUCUGGCUUAAAACUAUGAUUUACUUAAAUAGUUUUUCUCUGGUCAGAAGCAAUGUUUCACUUUUGUCUUCCUUUUGAAGAUUUUUUUUUUUUCCAAAAUCUUUUAAACAUUUCCUGUGAAAACUUAUGUUGGUAUAGAAUAUACGGUCAACACAUUGACCUUAUAUUGGACAUUUAGUUAAUUUCACAAGGUGUUCAUUUUGCAGAUAUAAUUUACUUAAUUUUAAUUAUUGACAUGGGAGCCUUUUUUUCAAUGAUCUAGAGUUUGUGAGUAUUGAAUUUUUAGGUGUGAGGGAAAUAUAGACACUUUGUUACAAGUUACCUCAUGCAUACAUUUCUACAAUAACAGUGAUUAUUUGAUAAUGACAAAUUUGUUUUUGGAUGAACUGAGUUCCCUCACUGAAACUCGAACCAAGACAGUUGUGGAACGUUACCUUUGAUGACAACAUUUUUUUCUGUGCAAAACUUUUAUUAUAAAAGUAUGUAAUAUGAUGAUUUUCAUGGGUUUUUUUUGUUUUUUGUUUGCAUUGAGUAAAUUAGCAAGAAAAGAUAACAACUCUCGAAAAAAGGAAACAUAACAAAACAAGAUUGAAAAGAUGUCCGACUGAUUAAAAUUUCUCAUUAUUUUAUGUUAGAGAAACUACUUUAUUCAGGGCAAAUUAAAAGAAAUGAAUUCACUUUCUAAUCCUGUAUAAAAAAAAAUUGUAGAAUAUUAUUUCCUUUGAUAACAAAGCAAAUACAAAACAAUCACAAUGGACAAAUUUCAGGUCACUAUUUUAGGUUAUCUAUCACAUACCAAUAGCUGUCCUUGAAACAAAAUUAUACUUCAAAAUUAUUUGCACUAAUUUAAGAAAGUAUCGUGAUCAAUAAUCCUAACCGUGUGGACUUUGUGAAAUCUUCCAUUGAAAACCUCAUGUUCUAUAGUUCUUGAUUGUCUUUUCAAGCAUUAAAAAGCCAAGUUGUGUUUAAUUUUUGAAUUGUCUUAAUUUUUUUAUUAUUAUUUGUUUGUGUGCUGUUUGUUCAAAUAAAUCAUUUGAAAUAAAACAAAAAUUACUUGAAUUUUAAGUCAUAAGA